AUGUCGUCUGAGAAGCCGAUUACGGAGACUGUCGAGCCUAUGUCGGCUGUCGACAGUCGUAAGCUCGAUGUGGCAGAGGUCAGAGUCGUCAAAGGCAGUGAGGCCUACAACGAGGCGCUCAUUGCCGAAAAACCUCCUGUCUUCCAUCCAACUUCUCUUAAGCUCCUUUUAUGCGUCUUGCUCGGUUUCUUCUGUCAAACCAUGAAUGGAUUCGACGGGUCGUUGUUUGGAGGCUUGACUGCCAACAAAACGUUCCUGGAAUUCUUCGAUGGCGCGAACAAGGGUAUGUGGGCAGGUCUUAUCUCCGCGAUGUAUCAGAUUGGAGGUGUCUGCGCACUCCCCUUUGUAGGGCCAGCGAUAGACACGUGGGGUCGAAGGCCCGGUAUGUUCAUCGGCAGUGUCCUGAUUAUUCUUGGUGCUGUCAUCACUGGUACCACUAUCCAUAACGCUAGUGUCCAUCAAUUCAUGGGCGGCCGUUUCCUGCUUGGAUUUGGCGUUUCCAUUGCUUCUGCUGCUGGGCCGAUCUACGUUGUAGAGACAACCCACCCGGCUUUUCGAGGUAUUGCAACUGCAUACUGCAACACGUUCUGGUUCACCGGCUCCAUUCUGUCGAGCGGCGCCAUCCGAGGCGGCCUCAAUAUCAGCGGCAACACCUCAUGGCAAUUACCGGUUUGGCUUCAAAUCCUUUUCCCAGGUCUCAUUUGCUUGUUCUGCUUCCUCAUUCCCGAGUCUCCAAGAUGGCUAUACGUCAACAACAAAAGAGAAAGCGCGGUCAACAUGCUCACUAAAUGGCAUGGUUAUGGUAAUCGUGAGAAUGCUUGGGUGAAAUUGCAGUUGGAGGAGUAUGAGGAAUUCUUGAAUCUGGAUGGCGCGGAUAAACGCUGGUGGGAUUAUCGUACACUGUUCAACACACGAUCAAGUGUUUAUCGCUUAGCGGCCAACUGCUGCUUCUCCAUAUUUGCGCAAUGGGCGGGCAACGGACCCUUGUCAUAUUUCCUCCCGGCUGUCCUAGAUACCGCUGGUUACACAGAGAGCAUCACACAGGCUAAUAUCCUAUUGGGUUACGCCUGCUUUCAAUUUUUCUUUGCGUUGCUGGGUGCUCGCUUUGUGGACCGCAUCGGUCGUCGACCUCUGAUGCUCUUUUCCAUGGCUGGCUGCUGCCUUGUCUGGAUUGGAGUGACUGCUUCAACUGGCAUCUUUGCAGGGUCUGGACAAACGAAUGACAAUGCCGCCAGAUCAACCGUGGCUUUCAUUUUCUUGUUCGGCGCAGUGUACUCUUUCGGCAUUACGCCUUUGCAAGCACUGUAUCCAGUUGAGGUCUUGUCUUUCGAAAUGAGAGCAAAGGGAAUGGCGUUUUCUAGCCUGGCAGUCAACGCUGGUGGUAUGCUAAACCAAUUUGCGUGGCCCGUGGCCCUUGAUGAUAUUGGUUGGAAGACUUAUAUUGUGUUCAUUGUUUGGUGCGGUAUCCAGACUGCUAUCUGGUACUUCUUCCUCCCAGAAACUCGGAAGAGAACGCUGGAAGAGCUCGACAAAAUAUUCGAGGCGCCGAACCCCGUCAAAUUUUCUCUCAAAGCUCAUAAACUUGCCAUCAAUCAUGAUAAUCAAGUAGUUGCCACCGAGGAUAUUUGA